UUGGUCACUGGAUGACUGUUCUAAGAAGGGUGAUCAGCUGAGAAUGGUGUCUUCACCCUAGGGAAAACCCCCAGCCUGGCAGAUGCUGCAGACUGGGAACAGAGCCAUGGCUUAGCUCUUGCUCCCUAUUAUUCUUACUGGUCUGUUCUGCACUGUGACUGUGCCCAUUAGGGAUGCUUCCUGGGCAUGAUCUUCUCCUGCAUCUUCUGGGAGCACCAUAUUUGAAGGAUUUGAGCUCACUGCAUCUGCAUAAGAACCCCAGCUGAAAGGAAUUGUGACAAGGUUAUUCAGCCAGCAGGAAUACUUCCUGCAGAUGCACCCAGAUGGUACAAUUGAUGGGACCAAGGACGAAAACAGUGACUACACCCUUUUCAAUCUAAUUCCUGUGGGUCUUCGCGUGGUGGCAAUCCAGGGGGUGAAGGCAGGUCUGUACGUUGCCAUGAACGCUGAGGGAUAUCUCUACAGCUCAGAUGUUUUCACACCAGAGUGCAAAUUUAAGGAAUCUGUGUUUGAAAACUACUACGUUAUUUAUUCUUCCACGCUGUACCGGCAGCAAGAAUCCGGACGAGCGUGGUUCCUGGGACUCAAUAAAGAAGGUCAAAUUAUGAAGGGAAACCGAGUGAAAAAAACCAAACCCUCAUCACAUUUUGUACCCAAACCCAUUGAAGUGUGCAUGUACAGAGAGCCAUCACUGCAUGAAAUUGGAGAAAAACAAGGACGCUCAAGAAAAAGUUCAGGGACACCAACCAUGAAUGGAGGCAAAGUUGUUAACCAAGACUCGACAUAGCUGACAAACACCCUCCCUUCUUCCAGCUCCUCCCCUCCCACCCACCUACCCACCCCACCUGGCGAAACCACACUGAGACAACGACAACUGAGCAAGGCAGGACCUACCGGUAGUGGCUAGGAGUCUGAACUCCAGAAUCUUUCUUUGUGUAGGACGAGGAAAUCGAAUCCCAGAUCCUGCCUGUUGCAACGUUUUAAAAAACAAAAACAACAAAAAAAAGUGAAGAAAAAAUGUUUUAAAUCAGGACUCCAUUAACAUUUUCAAAAGCAAACUGUUUGCUCUGUGAUCAAAGGGGGAAAAAAAAAAUCUCAUAUCUGCAUAAUAAUAAUAACAACUAAUAAAUAUAACAAUAAUAAUAAUAAUAAAGAUGUUACCUUUAAAAAUAAAACAAAGCUUUUGGAAAAUUGAACUUAGCAUAUGAUGUGCGAGAAACACGUCGGAAACGCAGCCUGGGACUGUGCUUUCUGUCUUAUACUUUCACCUCAC